ACCGACAAGACUGACGGCGACGACGACGAGGAGGCGAAGGCACUCAUCAGACGCCGCACCACAACAUCGACCGGACCCACAAUACCGGCGCCCACACCAGUCGGGGCUGAGAAGAAGGAUAUAUUGGUUGCGGCCGAAACGGUAGAGACGGGUGACGUAAAGCUCGCCGUUUAUGGCAAAUACGCCCGAGCGAUGACCCCGUUGUGGACGGUAUUGAUUGUAUUCAGUUAUAUGGCGUUCACUGCCGUCAACUCGGGCUCAAACUUUUGGCUCAACGUAUGGAGCGCUGAGUUGAGUGCCGACCGGAACGGCUACUACUUUGGCAUUUACGGACUCUUUGGUACAAUCCAGGUGUUUGUGGUAUGCAUGGGAUGGAUGACGAUUAUAACGGGCACUUUGUGCGCCUCCAAUACCCUACACCAGAGGCUAUUGAGGGCCACACUUCACGCACCCAUGAGUUUCUUCGACACGACACCAUUGGGUCGGGUAUUGAACCGAUUCAGUAAAGACAUCGAUAUAAUGGAUACGGCAAUGCAGUAUACUUUGAGGGUAUUAUUAAAUACGAGUUUCACAGUUGUGGCCACAAUUGUGAUUAUAUCGAUACAAACGCCUAUAUUUUUGGCCGUUUUCUUCCCGGUUAUGAUUGUCUACUAUUGGAUUCAGAAAAUUUAUGUCGUGACGUCUCGGCAACUAAAAAGACUGGAAUCGAUAACCCGAUCGCCAAUAUAUUCACACUUCGGGGAAACGGUUAACGGCGUGUCCACUAUCAGGGCGUACGGCGUCAACGACCGCUUUAUACGCGAGUCUGACGCCCGGGUGGACAGCAAUCAGAUGUGUUUCUAUCCCAACGCUAUCGCCAACUGUUGGCUUCAAAUACGGCUCGAAUUGUUGGCCAAUUUUCUCAUAUUUUUUGCGGCACUGUUUGCCGUACUGGCCAAAGGGACAUUGGACCCAGGUGAUACUGGACUGUCCAUAUCAUACGCUAUGAACAUUACGGUGUCGUUGAAUGCAUGCGUCCGUAUGUUUGCUGAGAUGGAGAACAAUGUGGUGGCCGUCGAGAGGGUUGACGAGUACUGUGGGGUCGAGUCUGAGGCCGAGUGGUAUUCGGGUCAGAAGAUACCCGACAACUGGCCAAACAAGGGAUGCAUUCAAUUCACAGAAUACGGCACUCGAUAUCGUGAAGGACUCGAACUCGUCCUCAAAGGCGUUGACAUCAAUGUUAAAGAAGGAGAAAAAAUAGGAAUAGUCGGUCGGACGGGUGCGGGAAAGUCAUCCCUAACUCUGGCG